AUGUUGCGCUCACUUGCUGCACGCAGUGUGCCGCGAGUGGUAACACUCACGCGUCAGCCAUGGAUGAUGGCGACACGCUCCAUGUCGACCACGCCGUGCCGCAGGGAGGAGCAAGAGCCUGUGACAGAGGCAUCUGCAUACCCCUUCGCGAAGCAUGUCAUUACGCGCACUCAUACCACACCUUCUAACACAGUCCGCACACCGGUACCAGAGCCAAAGCACCCAUCGCGGGCUAUCAUGACACGCGUCGAUGCGCAGCUCGCCAAUGAACUAGACCCAGAUGAGAAGAUUGCCCGUCUGUUUUCACGCAAGUCGCCAGACUGCAUCCCUCCAGGCUCCGUUGUCAUGGUUGAGACAUACUUGACACCUGCACGCACAACGUCGACAGCCUUUUCAGGUGUCUUGAUUGCAGUGCGCCGUGCUGGUGUCGCGACGACAUUUGUCCUGCGUACUAUCGCGCACAAAUUGGGUGUGGAAAUGCGAUUCCAUGCGUAUAGCCCUAUGAUCAAGGAUAUCAAGGUGAUCCAGCGAGCUGACGCGAAGAAGGGCUCGCCAGGUCUGACCCGUACUCGCCGCGCCAAGCUGUACUACAUGCGCCGCAGGGAAGAUCGCCGCGUCAAUGCUGUGGCUGGUCUUGUCAAGCAGUACCGUGCAGCCGAGCAGCAGAAAGCGCCUAGUGCGACCAAGCCUGCGUCAUCCAAGGCUUCAAAAAAGAAAAAGUAG